AUGGCCACCAUCUUGAACCUCCUCAACAUUGCUUGGACGCGCUUCAGUACCAACUUGCGCGGCACGCUCGAUGGCAUGAGCACCGAGAAGUGGAUUCGUCUCGUCAUCAUUGUCGGUGCCUACUGCCUCCUCCGCCCCUACCUGAUGAAGUUGGCAGGCAGUGCGCAGAUGAAGCAGCACGAGACCAAGCCCGAGGAUGAGUGGCUGGGCCCUAAACCAAAGGUCCAACCCAACACACUGCGUGGGCAGGUCGAGAUCCCCGAGGACAGCGAUGACGAGGCCGUCGAAGCCGCCGGAUCGACGACAGCUACCGAGUGGGGCAAGAAGGCGCGCAGGAGGCAGCGCGAGGUGCUUAAGAAGAUGAUUGACGUUGAGGAGAAGCGUUUGGCCGAGUUGCAGGAGGACGAUGAGGACAAGGAUAUUGAGGAAUUCUUGGUCAAGGAGUAA